CUUCCUCUUCCACGCAAAUCUUUCGUCUCGUUUCGUUCGAGCUUCCCUCUUUCUUUCUUUGAUUGGUUGUACAUAUUCGUUUCCCUUGAUCAUAUUCCUGGAGGGGGUUUCGUUCAUACGUUGAACGGUUUGCUGCUCUCGCGCUUUGGGUUGUCCCAGGUUCCGUGGAGAACAAGGUCCUCUAAUACGCCAACGCCAACGCUAAGCGCCGCGGACGCACGCUAGUAUACAGUAACCCGACCGAGCAAGAGGGUGCUUGCAUUCGUCGACCUCAGGCCCACCCCAUCAUCAUCUGCAUCAUCACUCGCAUCCAGAUUCUACCCUUGUCCAAACACGGAGCUGUAGUCUCGUCUCAAGGCGUUCUCUCCCAUCUAAACCAUAAUGUCCUUCUUCAAUUCCAUCGGCCGAAUGGCAGGCCGCGGAAGCAAGAACACCGCCGCAUCCUCCACGACCAACUCCAAACGCUCGCCAACGCCCAACUCCGCCGCAUCCACCGACCCCAAUCACCUCCAAGCCCAAUCGCAGUACCAACGCAGUGGUCCACCGAGCCCGCGGAUAUCGCCUUCGUCGUCGCAGCAGUACCUCUCCGGGACGGUCACGGGUGCCAGCAACGGCGCUGGAGCGUACACGAGGAGUAGGAGUUCAAGUAGCGCUAAUCGCCGGGGGAGCGAGGACGCUGGUGGAGAUGUAGACGAGUUUGGUCGACCGAGGGGGAAUAGUGUUAGCGCUGCCGAGGAGAGGAAGAAGGAGAAAGAAAAGGAGAAGCCGUUGUAUAUGUGUAGCCCGUUCGUCGAGGCUGCGCUUGUCAAGGGCAACUUUAGGACGAUUGUGAUGUUGCCCAAGUAUGUGGAUAUUAUGGAGUGGGUUGCUGUUAACAUUUUCGACUUUUACACCAACCUCAACGAGUUCUAUGGUGUGAUAUCCGAAGUGUGCACGGCGUCGUCGUGUCCGACGAUGUCUGCCUCCUCCUCCCUAUCCUACACGUGGAUCAACCAAGACAGGAAGAGCGUGCAUCUACCAGCGCCUACGUACAUCGAUUAUGUCAUGACCUGGGUACAGAACCUCAUCGAUGACGAGGCGGUCUUCCCAACCAAGAGUGGCCACGACUUCCCGCCCAAUUUCCCGUCCUUGAUCAAGCACGUAUACCGCCAGCUCCUUCGCGUCUUUGCGCACAUCUACCACGGGCAUUUCCAUCACAUCUUGCAUCUGAGAUCGGAACCCCACUUCAACUCACUCUUUGCUCACUUCUUGGCGUUUGGACGGGAGUAUGAUUUGUUAGAGGUGAAGGAUGUCAAGGGCUCGUCGGGGGGUGAGAGUAACGGAAAGGGAGGGGGAGGAGUGACCGGUGAAGUUGGCGUUGGGCUGUUGUGGGAGAGGUGGAGGGAGAUGGGGAUUCUGGAUGGAUAGGUGGAGGGAGUUGACGUUGGAUGUUGAUAGUCGGGCGUCGACGGGAGUGGAUAGUCCUGGGUUGAUACUUGGGAAGUUGAUGCUCAGGAGUUCAAAACCCCGCCAAUGACUGCAUUGGAUGGAUUGAUUAGACUUUUUUAGACGAUGGAUCGUGGAUUCGGAUUCAGGAAUCGGGAUUCAUCUUGUAAGAAUGGGAUUAUGUAUUUGUAUUAGUAUAAUUAUUGUUUUUAGGUGAAUCUGGUAUUCGACGUCUUUCCUUCCUU